UAAAUAUUCGUUUUAUUCUGAAACUGCAUUAUCUUUUAUGCUUUUGCGGGAUGUUCAACAUAUAUGACUGUUUUAACGCUCUGAAGUCGGAUAAUCGUUUUUUAACCAAGUUUCAGGUCGUCAUCAUGUGAACAUGUCUUCAUUAGUGGCCUACGAGGAUUCAGAUUCUGAAGAGGAUGAUCAUGAUCAAACAGUGGAGGAAAUAUCAGCUCUACGAACUGGAUCUUUUCAACAUAACAAAGAUGUCAAGAUGUGUAAUUCCUUAGAGAUAACACCAUGCCCUCACAUUUUCACACCUGACCCUGACCGUUCAGUGUUGGAAUAUCAUGAAAAUGCCUUAGAAAGAGGUAGUUUUUCACUACACCCACGUCAGAGUUGGGAUAGAGAAUAUGGCAGUGACGGGACAGCACCAGAAAAACAUUUUAGAGAUACUGUUGCUCCUCUGAGUUUACCUGUGACUCCGAAAAUAAUCUCAGCAAUGCAGACUCUUCCUAACAUGCCACAAAGUUUCAGCGAUGGGUUGAACUCAAAAAGACAUCACACUGUCCAGCCUGGUGUCAGACCGUACAUCCCCAAGAGACAGAGACUUGCCCCCUCAGUUGAGAUAACAGACCCAAAACACCCAGGAGGGCAAGCCUCAGGGAAUCAGACCAGGGAAAGCCAAAUUCUUUCAGAAGUGUCAGCCAGAGUAAAGCCGUAUCUCGCCCACAAGGCCGGGGCUGCAGGGAUACCGAGGAGGCUCCUGAUGAGCCUGGGAGGCCACCAGGGGCCGGUCAACACAGUGCAGUGGUGUCCUGUGCCUCAUCUCAGCCAUCUGCUGUUGUCUGCCUCCAUGGACAAGACUUUCAAGGUGUGGGAUGGCGCAGAGAGCGGGCAAUGCCUGAGGGUUUACACCUGCCAUUCGGGAGCUGUGCGUGAUGCCUGUUGGACCCCCUGCGGACGACGCCUCCUCACCGGCUCCUUUGACAACAAGGCUCUGAUCACAGACGUGGAGACAGGGCAGCAGGUAGUGAAAUUGGACAACCAGUUCAAAGUGAUGUGUGCGGUCCUGCAUCCCAGCAACCCCGAGGUAUUCCUGUGCGGUGGUUACAGUUCAAUGGUGAAGGCCUGGGACUCCCGCAGCUGCAAGGUGGAGAAAGUGUACAAAGCAGGGAUCCAGCAAACCUUGGACAUCCUGUUUCUGAGAGGUGGUGUUGACUUCAUAACGAGCUCUGACUGUGUGAGCAGAGACUCGGCCGACCGCACCCUCAUCGCCUGGGACUACGAAACCACCGCCAAGCUCUCCAACCAGAUCUACCAGGAGCGAUUCACGUGCCCCAGCCUGGCUCUCCACCCACUCGAGGAGUCCUUUGUCGCCCAGACUAACGGGGACUACAUGGCGGCGUUCUCCUGCCAGCAGCCCUUUAGAAUGAACAAGAGGCGGCGAUACGAAGGACACAAGGUGGAGGGAUACGCAGUGCAGUGUGAGUUUUCUCUGGAUGGAAGUAUCCUGGCCUCGGGAAGCUCCACCGGCUCCGCUCACUUCUACGAUUACCACAACGCUCGUAUGCUGCACACUCUCCGCGCCCACAGCCAGCCCUGCCUGUGCGUUUCCCAGCAUCCCGUUCUGCCGGCGACUGCGGCCACCUGUGACUGGGCUGGGGAGAUCAAGGUCUGGCAGUAAAGACUGAGAAUAAACAAGUAAAUAUGGACAAUAGUAGGCCAAAAGAAGACUAAACUGAAAACUCCAAUCCAUCUCCAUGACUUUAUCUCCCAUAAUCCCUUGGCAUACGAUGAUAAGAACUUGGCAAACAAUGCUGGAAGUCAGCAGAUCCACUGACGCUUUUGAAAACUGUAUUUUUUUGUCUUGCAAGGCCUUGAAAGCAUUUCAAAACCACCCACAUCUUUAUUCUCAUUGAUACGAACUGCUCUUUUGUGUAAAUAUUUUGUAAGCAUUAAAAUGUUUUGCGUGUUUGG